AACAACGGCAGCAGCAGCAGCAGCUGAUUUAACAAAUUAUUAUCAACCAACAACGGCAACGGUAUCAACAACAGAUUUAAUUGGUAAUGGUGGAUUUGGCAAUGGUACCAAUUUAGCCAUCGGAAAUCAUCAUCAUCCACAUUCACAUUUACAUCAUCAUCAUCAACAUCAACAACAAUCGACAACACCACCACCACCAAUAACAAAUCAUCAUUAUCAUCAUUCAACAUCACCAUUUCAUAUGCCAACACAUUUAUCAUCGUUGUCAUCAACGACAACGUUUGGAACAAAUGUCGAUACACAACAACAACAACAACAACAACAACCAACAAAUUCAUCAUCAACAUCAACAUCACCAUCAUCAAUGAAUGUGACUAAUAAUCCAAUAAUAUCGGAAACAAAUGGACUUAGUUACACAAAUUUAGAUCUAACAAAUAAUUCAACAACAUCACCAUCAUCUGCAUCAUCAGCAACAAAUCAUCAAUAUAUUCCACCGGUGCCUAAUCAUUCAUCAUAUCAUUCAUCAUCAUCAUCAUCAUCAGCAACAGCAGCAGCAGCAAGAUCUGCACUUAAUAACAGUCAACAAUAUCAAUCAACAACAUCAUCGACGACAACGACGAUAACUGGAUCAGGAAAUAGUCCAUUAUCAUCAUCAUCACCACCAACAUCAUCAUCACAUAUGUCCAAUUUAUAUCCAUCUUCAUCAACAACGCCUACACAUUCAUCAUAUAAAGAUUAUGGUAAUGGUACAGGGGGUGGUGGUGGUGCUGAUUCCGGUAGUGGUACACCUGAUCCAUUAACACAAACAGCAAAUAGUCCGGUGAAUAAUUGUGGAAAUACAUCACCUGGUAAUAAUAAUAAUAAUCAAUCCAAUUCAAGUGAUUCAAUCACUGGAAAUCUUAUUGGUGGUUAUUCAUCAUCAACAUCAUCAUAUUUUGAUACAAUAGGACGUCCAUCAGCAUCAAGAAAUGGUCCGAUAAUGUCAAAUGGAACACAUUUACAGAAUGGUUCAUUAAAUACGUCAUCAGCAUAUGGAUUAAUUGAUCCAAUCAUUGGUGGUAACACAUCAUCACCAUGGGCAAUCGAUAUGGCAACAGUACCAACAGCUGUACCGCAAUAUAAAUGGAUGCAAGUUAAACGUAAUAUACCUAAACCAGCACAAAAACCUGUCGAUACAUAUGGUUCAUAUGGAAAUCUAUCACCAAAUUCAUCAUUAGGACCAUUAGGUAGUAAUGGUGGCCUAAACAAUAAUGGAUCAUCAACACUUGGUUCAAUGCAUUCACAGAAUUCACCGGGUUCAAAUUCUUCAAAUGGUUGUGGUGGUACUGGUGGUGGUGGUGCUGGUGGUAUCGGUGGCAAUGGCCUAGGUCAAGGUGCAAAUAAUACUGGCCGUACAAAUUUUACUACAAAACAAUUGACAGAAUUGGAAAAAGAAUUUCAUUUUAAUAAAUAUUUAACACGUGCAAGACGUAUUGAAAUUGCAACGGCAUUACAAUUGAAUGAAACACAAGUCAAAAUUUGGUUCCAAAAUCGUCGUAUGAAACAAAAAAAACGCCAAAAAGAAGGUCUUGUACCAAUGGAUAAUCAUUCAACAUCGCCACCAACUAUUUCCAAUUCCAUACAUUCAGAUUCAUCGAAUCCAGCAUCGGCAGCAUCACCAAAAUUAAGCGAUGGUGGUGGAUCAACAACAUCCGGUCAGCUGUAAAUAAAUGAAUAUUUAUCAGGCAUUUGAUAUAUGUGUGUGUGCGUGUGUG